GGCAGGUGACACGACCCCGCUAGAGGCACCGCCCCCGGGCUGGGGUCUCGGCGAGAGGGGAGUGCGUCCUCCCGCGCGAGAGAGGGCGCUGUCGCCGGAGAGCGCGUUUGGCUCCGCCGCCGCCAUCUCCUUCUCUGAUCUCAUAAAGGUGUCGCGCAGGUUCCGCCUGGGCUCGUCAUUCAGCCGCCCCGGGCCUGGCGCAGCCGUCGCCGGCCUGCUCCUCGCCGCGGACCGCGGCCCUCGGCCCGCCCCCUUCCCGCCCGCCCUCCCUCUCCCUCCCUCGCGGGGCCGCUGGCCGGCGUAAGCGGCAACCGCGCUGCCGCCCCGGCUGAUCGGCGGGCGCUGGUGCCCUGCCCGCCCCUUCCUUUCCUCCUCCUUCCCCCCACCCCGGCCCCCUCUCCCUCCGGCCGGGCCCCGGAGCGCCGCCGCCGUUGGGGUGUGAGUAGGGCCCGGCGCCUUGCCGGGCCGUCCCCUCGCCGGCGGGGCCAUGGCCGCGAGCGCCAAGCGGAAGCAGGAGGAGAAGCACCUGAAGCUGCUGCGGGAGAUGAGCAGCCUCCCGCCCAACCGCAAGUGCUUCGACUGCGACCAGCGCGGCCCCACCUACACCGACAUGACGGUGGGCAGUUUCGUGUGCACCUCCUGCUCCGGCAUCCUACGGGGCUUGAAUCCACCCCACAGAGUGAAGUCAAUUUCAAUGACUACUUUCACACAACAGGAAAUAGAGUUUCUGCAGAAACAUGGAAAUGAAGUGUGCAAACAGAUUUGGCUAGGCCUAUUCGAUGAUAGAUCAUCAGCAAUUCCAGACUUCAGGGAUCCACAGAAAGUAAAGGAAUUUCUACAGGAAAAAUAUGAAAAGAAAAGAUGGUAUGUUCCUCCAGAGCAAGCAAAGGUGGUGGCAUCAGUGCAUGCAUCCAUAUCGGGGUCUUCUGCUAGUAGUACAAGCAGCACACCUGAGGUGAAGCCACUCAAAUCUCUCUUGGGAGAAGCUGCACCUGCACUGCACUUAAACAAGGGCACACCUAGCCAAUCUCCUGUUGUAGCUCGAUCUCAAGGACAGCAGCAACAAGAAAAGAAACAAUUUGACCUCCUCAGUGACCUUGGCUCGGAUAUCUUUGCUGCUGCUGCUCCCCAGUCAACUGCUACAGCAAAUUUUGCUAAUUUUGCACACUUCAACAGUCAUACAGCGCAGAACUCUGCAAAUGCAGGUUUUGCAAACUUUGAUGCAUUUGGACAGUCUAAUGGCUCGAGUAAUUUUGGAGGUUUCCCCACAGCAAGGCAGUCUUUUCAGCCCCAAAAUACAGCGUUCAGAACGCUUUCAUCUAGCUGCAGUUUUGGUGAAUUUACUUCAGCUUUUCCUCUCCAGGCUGUACACAGUGGAAGUGCUGGAUCAGUGAAUGCUAACUUUGCUCACUUUGAUAACUUCCCCAAAUCCCCCAGUGCUGAUUUUGGAGCCUUCAAUGAUUCUCAGAGCAACACAACAGCAACUGCAGCCAGUAAAGCUGCAGUGAAUAAACUCAGUCUACAGUCAGCUGACAAAUAUGCAGCUCUUGCUAAUUUAGAUAAUAUCUUCAGCGCAGGGCAAGGUGGUAGUGAGCAAGGAAGUGGCUUCAGUACAGUAGUGUCAGCAUCAGCAGGUCCUGCGUUGUCAGCCCCAAAUCAGUCAAGUGCAUCUUCAGACAAGUAUGCUGCUUUAGCAGAAUUAGACAGCGUGUUCAGCUCUACAGCAACCUCUAGUAACGCAUAUACUUCCACCAGUAAAGUUAGCAGCAAUGCUUUUGGAACAGUACCCGUGGCUGCUACUGCGCAGACACAGCCUGCAUCUUCGAGUGUGCCUGCUCCAUUUGGAGCAACACCUUCCACAAAUCCAUUUGUAGCUGCCCCUGUUGCCCCAGUGGUACCUUCAACAAAUCCAUUCCAGACCAAUAGCCGAGGAGCAACAGGCCUCUCGGGAGCAAUGCACUCUCACAUAUUUCCUCAGGCUCAUUUUGCAGCAACAUUUGGUACUGCAUCCGUGAGCAUGCCUGCAGGAUUUGGAACUCCUGCCUCCUACAGUCUUCUUCCUACUAGUCUUAGUGGCAACUUCCAGCAGCCCACGUUCCCAACCCAGGCAGCUUUCUCUCAACAGACUGCUUUUGCUCAGCAGCCAAAUGGCUGGUGCACCAACAGGACAAUUCCCAACAGGAAGCCCAUCAACCAAUCCUUUCUUAUAGCCUUAUAGACACUUUACCCAAAAGAACUCUUACAUGGUCACAUAACAUCUCUGCGCCUCUUGCACUGUUGUCUUGUUUCACUGAUAUUAGCUUUAAACACAAAAGAAGUCUUUAAGAAGUAAAAAUAAAAGCCUGCAUUGUGUACCUUUAAGAAAAUGAAAAAUAUUAAUAAAAAAUCCCAAAACAAACACCACCACAAAAGCCACAAAAACCCCCAAGAAAAUCAACCCCCCCCCCCCCAGGUAAUAAUGUGCAAAAUGGAGGGCUAUGGUAACAUCCUUGAUCCUAUGAGCUGGCAGGUAAAAAGUAGCGGUAUCAUGUAUAUUAAAAUUGGCUAAUAAGUUAUUGCAGAUACCACAUUCAUUAUGCUGCAGUACUGUACAUAUUUUUCUUAGAAAAUAGCUAUUUGUGCAUAUCAGUAUUUGUAACUUUAACACAUUGUUAUGUGAAAAAUGUUACUGGGGAAUAGAUCAGCCACUUAAGGUGCUGUUGUAUCUCUUGGAAUGAAUGAGCUACAUCAUUUUAACCAUUGGUAUUGGAAGUCAUGAAGUUAAAUUGAAGGUUUGUUCAUUUCUCAAUGUUUUCCUUUCCUAAGAGCUCUUCUAUUUAUACAUGCCUAAAUCUCUAAUGUUAGAGGGAUACCUGUCUGCAUAAUAAAGCUGAUCAUGUUUUGCUACAGUUUGCAGGUGAAAAAAAUAAAUAUUAGAAAAAAAAAACCCAUGUAGCAUUAUUUCUGUGCAGUAACAUUUUAUUGGGUUAAAAUGUAUUUACUGUGAGACUUUUACACAGAGGAAUUAUCAAAAGCAAAAUGCUUAAAGGUUGAGUUAAGCUUAAAAUUUUCACAUGCCUCACUCUGGAUAUGUUUCUUUGUGUCCUUGUGAUUAAGCUUGCUGUUCUAGCCCAAGUAAAGUGACAUAUCAAACAGGAAACUCUUAAGUGAACUUGGAUUAUUUUGACAGAGUAGCUCUGUAAUGAAGGACACUGAAAGCAGUAAGGAGGGUAGUUACUGGGGAAGUGGUUAGCUGGAAAAGGCACAUACUUACAUGUAGCUAAUGAUAGUCUUUGAACAAGACGUAGUUGUGAUCACAACAGUGUGUAUUUGCAGGCCAAGGUACCACAGCUGUAAUAGCACUCUUUUGAUUAAAAAUUGAUAUAAGUAA